AAUUUAAUGUCUAAUUUAAAAUGUUAAAUAAAAUGAUUUUAAUAGAUCAAAGAACAAAAUAUUCUUUAAGGGCCAACAUAAAAAUGGCUAAAGAAUACGAAGAUGUGACAUCUUUUCAUUUACAGAUUAGGGGUCGAUAAAUCUUCUUUAAGCUUUUUUUAAAAGAAAGUGGUGGUGGUUGCUUUGAUUUAAAUGGACUUAAAUAAGGAUAAUUGGUUGAGCUACAUGCAUAUUUUACUUUUGAUCCAAUUUAAAAUCCUUAUUUUAAAAGUGGAUGGCGAACAUUUUUUGAGGGAAAAUAUAAAAAUGGAAAAAGGUAUUCUAAUAUAUAAGACCAAUUCCAAAAGCUUAAUAGAAAAUUAAGUUAAUAUAAUAAUGAGUUAAGAUAGUGAUGAUGAUUAUUGGGUA